AUGUCUCCAGCAACAAAGCCUCAUGGAAGGGAUGAUUGGGAUAUAGAGUUUCAGAUUCACCGUAUGGAAGCAAAGGCAUACCAUGCUGUGUUGAGGGCUUUUAGUGCUCAAUCGAACAAUCUAACUUGGGGACGAGAGGCACUUAUGACUGAGCUGCGGAAGGAACUUAAUAUUUCAGAUGAUGAACAUGGAGUUCUGCUCACGAAGAUUAAGUCAGAUGAGGCAAUAAAAGUGAUAAGGGAAUGGCGGAAUGAUGCCCAUUGUGCUCAAGAGUGUGGUAAGGCUGCUCCUAGAUAUCCUUCUAAACUAGUGAGCAAUGCUCAACAGAGAGAAGCGGAGACUCAACAUCCUCCUGUUUCAAAGUCUCAGAAAUAUUCCUCAUGCAGUCAGCCUUGUGCAGAAGUUAUCCCUUCUACUGCUGCACCAGAUGCCCAAAUCAAAGACAUUGGUGGAAUUAGAGUGAAACUUGGAAGAAACUUUGUGACUCAAGGAAACAGCCCUUUUUUGAACUUGAAGUACCAAGGAGAACUUAGCAAGGAUCAAGGGAGUGGUGACUUGGCAAUGCUCUCAUCUAGGAAUGGUAGACAGUCUAUGCAUAUGAUUGGUCGUAACCCUCAGGCACCAUAUGGUAGCAGAAGUACUGGACUGGUAAAAUCCCAAUUGAAGAUGGGCUUUCACCCAACUGGCUCUGACAAUUUAAACAAAAGUUCUGAUUUGAUUAAGAUACGUGCUACAGAUAAAGUCCUUUAUGAGGUUGAGAAGCUAUUUGAUUGUCAAGAAAGCCUAGUCCCACUUCAUGUUGAGAAGGCAAAGUUAAUCCUUAAAGAGCAUGAAAGAGCUAUCCUUGAAGCACUUGGCAAACUGCCUGAUGUGUCAGAUGUGGAUGAUUCUCCCAAGCAAAUCUGGCAUAAGUAUCCUCAUGAACAGCUUCCAGUAACGGGAGGCAAAAUGUUGAUACGCAAUGACUUCUAUGGAUAG